UUGUUUGCCAACAAUAUGCAAUAUUUACGUGUCACAGAUAUCAUCAUAUGUACAGUUAUUUAUUUUCAUCGUAGCCUAGCCCCAGAUUGAUCUGUUGUAAAAAUGAGUGACAGUAUGGAAGGAGACACAUCAGAAGAUGAUGAAGAAGAACUGGAAAAUUUAACCAGCAAGAGAAAGGUGAAGCAUAAAGGACCUACUAACAAAAUUAAGAAGGCAAAGACAAUUGUUCUGUCAAACCUAGAAAUCUCUGAUGAUGAAUACCGUGAGCUGUUGCAGGAUAUAUCAGAAUGGUAUGAUGGAAAUGGCUGUAUUGGUAUGCUGAAAGUAUUGUACAAAGAUCAUGUGACUAAUGCUAAUACACUACAUAAUGCUACAAAAAUGCGCGACUUGCUGGACAACUUGCAUAAUUCUGGACAUCUGAGUCCAACUGAUCUUAGUAUUCUGUAUGACACCGUAAAUGUAACAAAACAAUUUGGUUUCAAACCAAAGAAUAAGAAGCUGCUUCCAUUAUUUCAAAAUGUUAGAAGUUUUGAAAUAUCAAAAUUUACAUCGCACAGGCAAAAGCUUGUAAAAUUAGGAAUGGCAUUGAUUCAAGAGGAUGUAGCAGCACUCGAUAGUUUGUUUAACACCCAACGAAAGAAAUAUGAAGACAGUUGGCAUUUGAUAAAGGAUCUGGAGCACAGAACAGUAAUUUGUGAAGGAAAAAUGAUGGCAUUCAUUAAAAAGUUGAGUAAAUUCCAACUCCAUUUGGCUGUGAAAGCUCUUACAGAAGACAUAGAAAAUGCAUCUUCAGGACAAGCAAGUGGUCAAGGCAUCUUAAAUGUGUUUUCAUACUCUGUUGGGCCUUGUAAUGAAGACAAGGUUAUUAGAAAAUAUCUGCUAAGUAGCCAACAGAAAGUGUGCCGCACUUCCAACCAGUUCACACCAGCCAUUAUUAAUACAGAACACCAAGUAGACAUUGUCAAUAUUUUCACUGAUCUAGACCUACUAAAAAUAAGUAAAAACAGAGAGAAGGAAGAUGCUGCUAUAUUCACUGAUUUAGACCAACUAAAAACAAGUAAAAACAGAAAGAAGGCAGAUGCUGAUAUGUUCACUGGCCUUAGCCUACCAAAAAUAAGUAAGAACAGUAACAAAAAAGAUGCCACUCUAACAACUUUAAAGCAGGUUUUAGAUGAUAUCGAAUCCACACCUGCAUGUAAAGCCCUAAUUGAAGGUGAAAGCGGUAUCGGUAAAUCAACCCUCCUAAGGUAUGUAGCAUACAACUGGGCUAAAAAAGAAUCAGAUGAAAUCUUCAAAGGUAAAAUAGUGUUUCUUGUCAAUAUCCAGGAUAUUGACAAAGGUGAAACUAUUUUAGAUGCUAUUUUAAAUCAAAUAAACCUACAGGGUUUUCAACUUGAAACAGGUCUCCAAAAAGAUCCUUUAUUAAUUAAACGAUUUAUUUGGAAUCACAGUAAUGAAAUUGUAUUGUUAUUGGAUGGAUUAGAUGAAUUGAAAGAUUCUAGUGAGAGUCCAAUAAGGAUUUUUAAAAACCAAGAAAUGUGUGAAUGUAAAGUGAUACUUACAUCACGACCUGAAAACAUAAAUGACUUCAUUAAUGCAAGCAACUUGCAUGUGGAAGUGAAGGGAUUCAGUACAGAUAAUAUAAGCAAAUAUAUUAAGAAACACUUUGCUUUCUUUAGAGAACCUUUAUUAGGAGACUCACUUAUUGAGGAGCUUGAUUCAAACGAUAAAUAUAAAUAUAAGGAGGUAUUUUCAAUGUGUAAGAAUCCAUUGCUGCUUCUAUCAGUAUGUAUCAUGUGGGAAGAAAGGAAACAUCUUCCAGCUGAUAAAACUGAUCUCUUUAAAGAGGUUUUUAGAUGCAUCUUGAAUCAGUUCAUUGACAAACAAGCGAUUAAAGAGCAAAAAAUCUCAAUAUUUGAAAAUACUCCUGAGAGGUUUGUUAAUGCAAUGGCUCUAUUAGGAAAGUAUUUCUAUAAAGGCCUAAAGAGAAAUCAACUUUCAAUAAACAGAAGAGAGAUAGAAGAAGAUAAAGAAAUGGUUGCUCUGGCUUUAAAACUUGGAUUUGUGUACAAAGAUACACCAAAACUAAAAUCUAACUUUGAAGAGAUUUUUACAACUCGGCACAAGUUGAUAGUAGAGUCAUUAGUUGGAUUUUACUUAUGCAAACUAUGUGAGACACAAGGGUCGAAGGAUAAGUUUUCAAAGGGCAUGGAAAGACUAUUUGAGCCAUUGACUGAUAAUGAAUGGAAGAUGAUAAGCAGAAGUAAACAUCUUCACAUGACAAAAGUGUUUACAAUUGGAUUCCUAGGUUCUAAUGCUGGCAUUUUUUUGAGUCAUUGGAUAACUAAUUAUGUCUCAACAUAUCGUUCUUUAAUGGAGUAUUUAAGAUGUAUAAAAGAAGAGCAUAAGGUUACUGUAGAAAAGGCAGUUAUUGACCACAUGACCAGGAAAAAUUUAGAAAUAGAGCCACAUAUUUAUAAAAUAUGUAAAUCACUAAGAAAAUUUAUCCAUUACAUUACUCCUGAAGUGGACAUCAGUCAAAGAGAGCAUUUCAUAAAACUUAUGAUUAGAAUUCAUACAUAUUUGCCUGGGGCUGAAUCGAAAGUAAUAAAUGCAGUUGAAUGUUUUUGGAAAGAAAUGUCAUCUGAAGAAAAAGGCAGAAUGCUUGCUCAUAUAUUAAUUGCUGUGUCAGAUCAAAACUUGAUUUUGGAAAAAAUAAGUAGUAUGAUAUGUGUCAAUGAUAUUAACUAUCUAACAGAUGAAUGUCAGAGACUGUAUUUUAAAUAUGAUAUAACAGAAUGUAGAUUAUCUUCUUUGAAUACAGCUUCAUAUUUAGUUCAUCUGUUCAGUAAUGCUUCCCAACUUAGCAACUUUAAGUGCUCAAAUUGUAUUACAGGUGCUGCUAUGAAUGAGGUGAUCCGAGACUGUUUACGGGGAGAAGUCAAGUUAGAAUUAAAUAAGCUUUCUUUCAGUGAUAAUAAUAUUAGUAACAUUGAUUGGUUGCCAUAUGCAUCCUUAUUCAUUACUCCUAAACUAAAUACACUGGAGAUGAGUAAUUGCAGUCUAUCAGGUGUUGUUAUGAAUGAUAUGAUUAGAGCAUGUUCUAGUAGAGGAGUAAAUUUGGAAUUAGUGGAGCUUGAUAUCAGUGAUAAUAAUCUCAGCAACAUUAGAGGUUCUUCAUUUGCAUCUUUAUUGGCUAUCACACCCAAACUAAAUAGACUUUUCAUGGUUAAUUGUAGUCUAUCAGGUGUUAUUUUGAAUGAUAUGAUUAGAGAGUGUUCUAGUAGGGAAAUGAAGUUGGAAUUAGAGUUACUUGAUAUCAAUGAUAAUAAUCUCAGUAACAUUGAUGGGUCUUCAUUUGCAUCCUUAUUCAUUACUCCUAAACUGAAUGUAUUUUACAUGAAUAAUUGCAGUCUAUCAGGUGUUAUUAUGAAUUAUAUGAUUAGAGAGUGUUUUAGAAGUGGAGUCAAGCUGGAAUUAGAGUCACUUGAUAUCAGUGGUAAUAAUCUCAGUAAUAUUGAUGGGUCUUCCUUUGCAUCCUUAUUCAUUACACCUAAACUGAAUUUACUUAACAUGAAUAAUUGCAGUCUAUCAAAUGUUAUUAUGAAUGAUAUGAUUAGAGGGUGUUCCAAUAGAAGAUUCAAGUUGGAAUUAGAGUCAGUAGGUAUCAGUGGUAAUAAUCUCAGUAAUAUUGAUGGGUCUUCAUUUGCAUCCUUAUUCAUUACACCUAAACUGAAUUUACUUUACAUGAAUGACUGCAGUCUAUCAGGUAUUAUUAUGAAUGAUAUGAUAAGAGAGUGUUCUAAUAGAGGAGUCAAGUUGGAAAUACAGCAGCUUACUAUCAAUGAUAAUAAUCUUAGUAACAUUGAUGGGUCAUCAUUUACGUCCUUAUUUAUUACUCCUAAACUUAAAUCACUUGGCAUGCGUAAUUGCAGUCUAUCAGAUGUUGUUAUGAAUGAUAUGAUUAGAGAGUGUUCUGGUAGAGGAGUGAAGUUGGAGGUACAGCAGCUUUAUAUCAGUGGCAAUAAUCUCAGUAACAUUGAUGGGUAUUCAUUUGCAUCCUUAUUCAUUACUCCUAAACUAUAUUUACUUGACAUAAGUAAUUGCACUCUCUCAGGUGGUGUUAUGAAUGAUAUGAUUAGAGAGUGUUCUAGUAGAGGAGUUAAGUUGGAAUUACAGCAGCUUUAUAUCAAUGAUAAUAAUCUCAGUAACAUCAAUGGGUCUUCAUUUGCAUCAUUAUUCUUUACUCCUAAACUGAAUGUACUUUACAUGGCUAAUUGCAGUCUAUCAGGUUGUAUUAUAAAUAAUAUGAUUAGAGAGUGUUCUAAUAGAGGAGUUAAGUUAAACAAUUUAAACAUGCUUAGUAUCACAGGUAAUAAUCUCCAUGACAUUGAUGGUUCUUUAUUUACAUCUUUAAUCAUUACACCUAAACUGAAUACACUUCUUAUGAGUAAAUGCAGUUUAUCAGUUGGUGUUAUUAAUAUAAUUACAGAUUGUUCUAGUAGAGAAGUCAAGUUGGAAUUAGAGGAGCUAUAUAUAAGUGCUAAUGAUCUAAGUAAGAUUAAUAGUUCUUCAUUUGCAUCCUUAUUUAUUACACCUAAGCUGAAUGAACUUGUCAUGAAUAAUUGCAAUCUAUCAGGUGUAAUAAUGAAUGAUAUGAUUAGAGAGUGUUGUAGUAGAGGAGUCAAGUUGGAAUUAGUGAGACUAGAUAUCAGUGGUAAUAAUCUCAAUGACAUUGAUGGUUCUUUAUUUGCAUCCUUAAUUAAUUCACCUAAACUGAAUACACUUUUGAUGAGUGAUUGCAGUCUAUCAAGUGUUAUUAUAAAUGAUAUGAUUAGAGAAUAUUCUAGUAGAGGAGUGAAGUUGGAAUUAAUGGUGCUGUAUAUCAGUGGUAAUAAUUUAAGUAACAUUGAUGGUUCUUCAUUUGCAUCCUUAUUCAUUUCACAUAAACUGAGUAAAAUUCUCAUGAAUAAUUGCAGUCUAUCAGGUGUUCAUAUGAACGAUAUGAUUAGAGAAUGUUUUAGUAGAGGAGUCAAGUUUGAUUUACAGGAGAUUGAUAUCAGUGGUAAUAAUCUCAGUAACAUUGAUGGUUCUGCAUUUGCUUCUCUAUUCAUCACACCUAAAAUGAAUACACUUGACAUGAGUAAUUGCAGUCUGUCAGGUGUUAUUAUGAAUGAUAUGAUUAGAGAGUGUUGUAGUAGAGGAGUCAAGUUGGAAUUAAAUGAGUUGUAUAUCAGUGGUAAUAAUCUCAGUAACAUUGAUGGUUCUGCAUUUGCUUCUCUAUUCAUUACACCUAAACUGAAUACACUUGACAUGAGUAAUUGCAGUCUGUCAGGUGUUAUUAUGAAUGAUAUUUUUAGAGAGUGUUCUAGUAGAGGAGUCAAGUUGGAAUUAAAUGAGUUGUAUAUCAGUGGUAAUAAUUUAAGUAACAUUAAUAGUUCUGAAUUUGCAUCUUUAUUCAUUACAACUAAACUGAAUACACUUGAUAUGAGUAAUUGCAGUCUGUCAGGUGUUAUUAUGAAUGAUAUGAUUACAGAGUGUUCUAGUAGGGAAAUGAAGUUGGAAUUAGUGGGGCUUGAUAUCAGUGGUAAUAAUCUCAGUAACAUGAAUGGUUUUGCAUUUGCAUCCUUAUUCAUCACACCUAAACUGAAUACAUUGUUGAUGAAUAAUUGUACUCUAUCAGGUGUUAUUAUAAAUGAUAUGAUUAGAGAGUGUUCUAUUAGAGGAGUCAAGUUGGAAUUACAGGAGCUAUAUAUUAGUGGUAAUAAUCUCAGUGUCAUUAAUGGUUCUUCAUUUGCAUCUAUAUUUAUUACUCCUAAACUAAAUACACUUGACAUGAGUAACUGUAGUUUAUCAGUUGUUAUUAUUAAUAAUAUCAUUAGAGAGUGUUCUAGUAGAGGAGUGAAGUUUGAAUUUAAAGAGCUUUAUAUCGGUGAUAAUAAUCUUAGUAACAUUGAUUGGUCUUCAUUUGCAUCCUUAUUCUUUACACCUAAACUGAAUACAUUGAACAUUAAUAAUUGCAGUUUAUUAGAUGUUUUUAUGAAUGAUAUGAUUAGAGAGUGUUCUAGUAGAGGAGUCAACUUGGAAUUGAAAGAGCUUUAUAUCGGUGAUAAUAAUCUCAGUAACAUUGAUUGGUCUUUAUUUGCACCCUUAUUUAUCACUCCUAAACUCAUUAUUCUGAACAUGAGUUAUUGUAAUCUAUCAGGUGUUAUUAUGAAUGAUAUAAUAAGUGAGUGUUUGAAUAGAGGAGUCAAUUUGGAAAUAGUGCAGCUUUAUAUCAGUGGUAAUAAUAUCAGUGACAUUGAUGGUUCUUCAUUUGCAUCUUUAUUUAUUACUCCUAAACUUAAUACACUUGAGAUGAGUAAUUGCAGUCUAUCAGGUGUUAACAUAAAUUAUAUGAUUGAAGAGUGUUCUAGAAGCGGAGUCAAUUUGGAAUUAGUGGGCCUUGAUAUGAGUGGUAAUAAUCUCAGUAACAUUGAUGGUUUUUCAUUUGCAUCCUUAUUUAUUACACCUAAACUUCAUUUACUUUACAUGAGUAAUUGUAGUCUAUCAGGAGUUAUUAUGAAUGAUAUGAUUAGAGAGUGCUCUAGUAGGAGAGUGAAUUUGGAAUUAAGGGGCCUUGAUAUCAGUGAUAAUAAUCUCAGUUACAUUGAUGGGUGUUUAUUUACAUCCUUACUUGUUAUUACACCUAAACUGAAUCAUCUUAACAUGAGUAACUGUAGAGUAACAAGUAUUGUUAUGAAUAUUAUUACCAGAGAAUUUUGUGGAAGAGUCAUGUUGGAAUUAGAAGAAACUUGAUUUUUGUGGUAGUAGUGUCAGCAACAUUGGUUUUUGACUAAAUAGUUUUCAAUGUGAAUUGUAUUCAGUAUUGUCUACCAGUAUCUGUUUUUUAUUACAUUACUGCUAAACUGUGGUUUAAUAUGGCAUGCCUUGACGGACAUUACUGUGUCCAACUCAUAUCACUCCUACUGAGUUUAAACAUCCCUUCCUAUCAAAAUUAUUUACAGGUACACAAAAAUUUACACCAAAUAAAUCCAUCUGUCACUGCCUGUCGAGUUUACACACAUCCCUGCAGGUCGAGUUCACACACAUCCCUGCAGGUCGAGUUCACACACAUCCCUGCAGGUCAAGUUUAUUAAUACAAAUCAUUACCUGUCCAGUUUACACCCAUCUGUACUGGUCUUAACACAAAUCACUACCAGUCAUGAUUACACACAUCCCUAUCAGUCCAGUUUACACACAUCACUUCCGGUCCAGUUUAUUAAACACAAAUCACUACCCGUCGAUUUUAUACCAAUCUCUACCUAAACACAAAUCACUAAUACAUUGAUAGUGACGAGUAAUACACACAUCAAUAGCGAUGCGAUUUCUUGUAGAGAAGAGCCAUAACCAUAUAGUGGCGAUUUCGCAAGAUCUAGGUCAGUUUUUGGGCCGAGCAAGAGAAAUUCAGCAGUUGUUUAGAUUAAAUAGAUGCUUAAAACAGAAAUGCUGUCAGGUGAUCCAAGAAUAACACCAUCUUGAUGAAUGGAGAAAUAUUGCAAAUGCAAGUAAUAAUUUGUACAGUUAAAAAGCUGCUAAGGAUGCUAACCAAUUGUUUUAUUGUAUAUUAUUGACUGGAAAUAAAGGAAACAAGUUACAGUUAAUAUUGUCUCACAAUUUAUAAAUAACACACACCAAUAUUACAAAUUUAUUCAGGCACACCAAUAUAACAAAUUUAUUCAGGCGCAUUUUAAUUCAAACUACAUUAAAAGAUUCACGACUGAAAAGUUUUAAAAAUUACCUGUUGCCCUUAUUGUAAGCUAGCACUUUUGAAUUACAUUCCGAUAUUUUUGGUAAACAUUUCUUUGUAAGCUGUUUAUUUCUUAGGCUGUUUAUGUUUGCAUGACUCCUCACUUUAUAGUGGCUUUUUCUAUGGUCCUAAGAGUGAUUACUAAAUUUAACCAACCAACUACUUAGACUGUGGUAUAGAAAUCUAUAACUUUUUGGUUGUACUUCAUUAUAAUUGUAUGCAACAAUCCAAAUUUUUUUACAUGACUUGAAAAAUAAAAGUUGGUAUUGCUAAAAUUCAAUACAUAAAAAAGUCAAUGUUACUAGUUGUGUAUAGGUAUUCAUAUAAUUAUUACCUAAAGAAUUGUAUGUAAUUGACGGUUCACACACUCUGCGCGUUUUUGAGUGAAUAAAUACCAUAGAUUUUAUACUUUAUUGAUACUGUAAAACUAUUUAAUUUUUCAAGUAUGGUUUCUUACGGCAGAAGUUAACAAAUUUUCCUACCGUGAACAACAUAAAAAUGUAUUUUUUUGAGUAGUUUAUAUAUCUCCUAGUAGUGGUCAGUGUAGCUGCAUAGCUCAUUGUUACUUAAAAAUUGUUAUUUCUGGAUUAAUUAUGUUCAGAGUGUUUGCUAUAAUAUACUAUCCCAUGACACAUGAUGUUGGUGGUCUUUUUUUCCCCUUUUUUUUUAUGACAAGUCCAUAUAAUGAGGUUUUGUAUGCUGUUCAAUGCCUUUCUCAUUUUUGUGAGGGUUUUAGGUGAGUUGUAUUAGGGAAAUUUUAUUGCCAAUAAUCAUUGGGUUUUCUGUAAUUUUUUAUAGGCCUACAUAUAUUUUAAUUCAUAAUGCUUAUUUUAUAUACAGUUUUAAUUUUGCAUGACCAACCUCCCUUGGACAAAAAAAAAAAAAAAAA